UCUGACAGUUGGGGCUGGUCUUAUCACAACAUCAACAGGGCGUUUCAGCAGUCCUUACACAUACACAGUGGCGUAGGAAUUGGUCCACCCUGAAUGGGACAACAGUUCCUUUCCAUACAGACGACAUGAAAUGUUGAUUUGGUAAAAAAUGAACAAACCCAAAAUGGCCACAGAGAAAGGUGUUCCCAGUAACUCCAGGGUCCUGAUGCUCCUGGGCCAGCUGGAGAGGAUGAGUGGAGAGGCCAUGGUGAAGGACGUCGAAACGGCCCGACAGAUCACUGCAAAGAUACUUCAUCUCAUUCAGACACAGGAGAAGAGUGGAAAAGAGGUGAUGUCCAAAGGCUCCAGUGGCAUGGAGGUCAUCCUGGCUUCACUGGAGAACACCCGGGAUGUCCAGACCACCUUGAACAUCCUGUACAUUCUCAGUGAGCUGCUGACUGUGGGCAGAGGUCGCAGGGUGGGAGUGUUCGUGUCUAAAGGAGGAACAGGAAUAUUAUUCCAGAUUCUGAUCACUGCCAGUAAAGAGUUGCCUCCCAGUGAAGAACUCAUGCUGCAGCUUCACUCACUGCUGGCCAAGGUUGGCCCGAAAGACAGAAAGUUUGGAGUGAAGGCGCGUUUGAGCGGAGCUCUGAACGUCACAGUCAACUUAAUGAAACAGAACCUACAGAAUACCAAACUGCUUCUGCCCUGCCUGCAGGUUCUCAGGGUUUACUCUACCAACUCGGUGAAUGCUAUUUCCUUGGGCAAGAACGGAGUGGUGGAGCUCAUGUUCAAGAUUGUUGCGCCUUACAGCAAGAAGAAUACCAGCCUGCUCAAGGUGGCUCUGGACGCACUGGGAGCUCUGCUCAAAUCCAAAACUAAUGCUCGCCGUGCAGUGGACGGCAGACAUGUGCCUGUCUUACUUGCUCUGUACCUGGAUUGGCAUCGCAAUGAUACGCGACAUCGCCAUAUGCUGAUUCGCAAAGGGUUUCUGGUCUGCCUCAGGAACAUCACCAACAUCAAGCUUGGCAGGAAGGCGUUCAUAGAAGCUGAUGGCAUGAGGAUCCUCUACAACUGCUCAACUGAGUGUCUCCCUGUGCGGACUCUGGAUCCUCUGGUCAACACUUCGAGUCUCAUCAUGAGGAAGUGUUUUCCUAAGAACCGUCUGCCUCUGCCCACCAUCAAAUCUGCUUUCCACUACCAGCUGCCACACAUACCUGCUGUAGGGCCUGUGGCACAGCUGUACAGCCAACCUCCUGGGGGAAGAACAUGUCAUCAUCUCAGCAACAAGCCCUUAAAGAAGGUGGAUGAUGUAGUGGAUGAAAGCGAUGAUAACGAGGAGACAGAGGCAGACACAGAGAACGAUACGGAGAACGAAGAGGAUGAGAAGGAUCAUCGCACUGCAAAUGAUGACAUAGAGACAGACCUAAACAAGCUACAUCCCAAAAAGAGCCCUAGCCGUCCAUUCGAGGAGUUGAGAGUCUACGAGAGAUUCUUUCUGGAGCUAUCUGAAGACUUUCAGGGCUAUAUCUUUGAAAGCUCAAAGAGUGCGUCUACCACAUCUUCAUCAUCAUCCUUCUCCUCAUCAGCUUCAAAUCGAACCACUCGGCCAAUCAUCGUACCCACAGCUCAAGCCCUGUCCCCAAAGCACGUCCUAAUACCAAGUUCUCAGGAGAGCUGUAAUCCAACCAAAGGACAACACCCUCAGCCAUCUCCCUCUGCUCCCACUCCUACUCUUCCAGCUCCUCUAACAUCUCUUGAACUGGACACCAUCCACCUCACCAAGGACCAAGACAAAAAAGAGCAGACCCACAUUCCUUCCCCGGAUGGACAUGCGACCUUGUCCCCCCUCACUAAGCCUCCCUCUCAAGGGCAGAGGAUAGAACAGGAACUAGCACAUGUGUUAGAGUGUGUCUCUCUAGAAGAGGAGGGGACUCUGAAUGCAGAAGAAGGAAUAAGGGGAGUCAAACAAGAAGGAUCUCCAGUCAAUGCCACAAGACACAUACAGUCUCCUCUGCUCUUGGGAGGUAUCGCAACACGUCGCGUGGGAGGAGGAGGCAGUAACUGGGGUUCAGAUUGUGGUUCAGAGGGUGCUGAGGAUGAAGGAGGGGAAGGAGCAGUUCUGGAGGUGCCGGACACGGCACUGCUCCUCUCGCUGCAUGACCCCGACCUUUACGUGGAGAUGGUGAAGGGAACACACUCUGUACCCCAGUAUGCUGAAGUGGCUUACCCAGACUACUUUGGCCAUGUAGCCCCAACAUUUAGGGAACCCCUUCUGGAGAGAGUUUAUGGUGUACAGAGGUCUAAGAUAUUCCAGGACAUUGAGAGGUUGAUUCAUCCUAAUGAUAUCCUGGAUAAAGUAGUUUACGACCUGGAUAUUCCCAGUUGUCCCGUGAUUGAAGACGAUGGUGAAUCACUGAAGUUCAACUCUCAGUUUGAGUCUGGCAACCUCAGGAAGGCAGUUCAAGUUAGGAAGUAUGAGUAUGACCUUGUGCUGAAUUCAGACAUCAACAGUAAUCACUACCACCAGUGGUUCUACUUUGAGGUGAGCGGCAUGCGUGUUGCCACACCCUACCGCUUCAACAUCAUCAACUGUGAGAAGUCAAACAGCCAGUUCAACUAUGGCAUGCAGGUGCUGAUGUACUCUGUGCAGGAGGCAAUUAGUGGCAGACCUCGCUGGGUGAGAACAGGAGCAGACAUCUGUUACUACAAGAAUCAUUUUGCAAGGAGCUCCAUUGCAGCUGGUGGUCAGAAAGGAAAGUCCUAUUAUACACUGACCUUCAGCACAACCUUCAGCCAUAAGGAUGAUGUCUGCUACUUUGCCUAUCAUUACCCUUAUACAUACUCCACUCUUAAGAUGCACUUGUCCAAACUGGAGGCUUUGAGAACCCCUCAGAUCUACCUGAGGCAGGAUGUCCUGUGUGAAAGCCUGGGGGGAAACAGCUGCCCCCUUCUUACCAUCACUGCCAUGCCGGAGUCCAACUCCAAUGAUCACAUUUGUCAAUUUAGAAAUCGUCCAUUGAUCUUCCUGUCGGCCAGAGUGCACCCUGGAGAGACCAACGCCAGCUGGGUAAUGAAGGGCACACUGGAGUUCCUGAUGGGCUCCAGCCCGCUGGCAGCCAGCCUGAGAGAGGCCUACAUCUUCAAAAUAGUCCCUAUGCUCAACCCUGAUGGAGUUGUAAAUGGAAAUCAUCGUUGUUCUCUGAGUGGAGAAGAUUUGAAUCGCCAGUGGCAGAACCCCAAUCCUGAGCUCCACCCUACCAUCUACCACACUAAGAGCCUGCUGCAGUACCUUGCACACAUACAAAGGGCACCACUGGUGUUCUGCGACUACCAUGGUCAUUCCAGAAAGAAGAAUGUGUUUAUGUACGGCUGCAGUGUGAAGGAGACCGUCUGGCAGUCCAAUAUCAGUGCUACAUCCAGCGACCUACAAGAGGACCUUGGAUACAGGGCACUUCCUAAGAUCCUCUCUCAGAUCGCCCCAGCCUUCAGCAUGGCGAGUUGCAGUUUUGUUGUAGAGCGUUCCAAAGAGUCGACUGCCCGCGUUGUUGUAUGGAGAGAGAUAGGAGUACAGCGCAGCUACACCAUGGAAAGCACGCUCUGUGGUUGUGACCAGGGCAAAUAUAAGGGCCUUCAGAUCGGCACCAGAGAGCUGGAGGAGAUGGGAGCUCAGUUCUGCGUGGCCCUGCUGAGGCUGAAGAGGCUGACGGGGCUCCGCAACCACCAACACCUGCUGGAUUUGGAGAGCGACAUCAUUGGGACACAGGCCAAAGUGGUCAGCAGCUGCCCCACUACCUAUGUGAUGGAGGAGGACGAGCCGUCCUUUAUGGAGGCGAUAGACUACAGUGCGGAGAGCAACGAUGAGGACGCUGACCCUGAAAACGAGCACGGCAACGAAGUCCACAAGAGUCCCGAUCACCUCGAGCAGCUGUCAGACUCUGAGACAAAUCACAGGGACUAACGCAGGUGUUCAUCUCCUCUGUACUGGGCAGUUUGAGCUUGUAACUAGCCAAUGCUUGGAUUGUUAGCUGAUCUCAAAUACAAAAAAAAGAAAUAACAGGUUAAAUAUUCAGAGCCACACUUCUUACUUCUACCAGUGAAUAAAUAGCUUAGAUUUACACCUGACCAUAUUAUAUAGAGACUUUAUGAUGGUAUGUACGCACUGCUCUUUUCCCAGAUGGAUUGGUUUUGCUGGCCUACUGUAGGCACCCAUGUUGCUGCUGAAGGUGCAUACUCUACCUGCCUUUCCUUCCAGAUAGGCUGAUACAAGCCCUCAGUAGGAAUCAACAUGGAUUUCAGUGAAUGUUUUCACCUUUUCCAGUCACCCUAUAACCUUCAUAAAAAUGUAACCCCUGACCUCAGACACCAUAUAGCCUCUGAGAUUCACACAUAGCUAGCCAGAGCAGUAAACAGCGGGCACCGCAGAUCCUUAACUUGAACCCUUGUCCACUUGCUAAUUUUUCACAGCCGAUCUUACAGCGACAAGGCUGUGGUAGAGUAAUAGAGCCAGUGGCUUCUGUAGGUACUGUUUUUGAACACCCCCCUCCCCCCACCUUACCUAUGACACUGUGUUUGAUUAAAACACUACUGGUGUUUGUUGCAAACUGGAUCUCCAACACUGACCAGCUUAGAGAUCCAACCAACCUGCCUUCUUGUUUCCUUUCCUUCUUCAGUCUCAUCCUUCACUUGAACUUUUUACUCCUUUUGUUGGUUUGGGCCUUCCCUCCGUCCUUCUUUCCUUCUUUCCUGACAAGCCAAGGUAUUGCUGUAUAAAUGGGAUGCAGGAAUAACCAAACAGCUCCAUAUCUUAGCUUAGCUGUUGGUUAACAUCACUCAUCCCAAGUAUCUCAUGUAGAAAAAGAUACUACACAGAUGUGACUACACUUGAGUUAUGACCUCACUUCCUCUCCUCUGUAACCCAUCCUUUUUCUGUCACAGUGCGUGUGGUCCGAUAACCCACGUGCUGUUUGCCUUGCUUUAUCCAAAACUGAAAUUAUUUAUAUCACUCAAAUGUAGAAUGUUCACGUCUUUAUUAAGACAAACCUUGUACAGUACAUGAAAUGCAGGUAUAAACACACACCACAAACUAACUAACACAGGUUUGGUUUAUGUUUCUUGGUCAGGCACAGCAGUAAAAUAUGAAGAAGGAAUAUAAAAUAUCCACGUGCACUGUUGGUGUUUUCAUAAUUUUUAAUAAUAGACAGUAUUACAAUGUUAGAUGAAGCAGUGAUGAACAAGAUGCAUGAGCUACAGAGUGCAGAAAACCCUUUUUGCACAAUAAACACCACACGCAAAACAAAGACAAACUGAAUGAGAGUAAAACAUCACUUGACAACAUGUCACAGUUUGCAAACCUCAACUUCAGUCACCUCAUUAGUUUUUAAGUUCUCAGAGCCCAGCUUAGAGCUGAUGGUAACAUUGCUGUGAUGUUUUAAAAAUUGUACUGGAAUUAUGAUUUCUUUGUAUCCUUUCCUCCAGUCUGUGUGUACAUUUUGUGAAUUUGCUUAGGAUAAACCCAUGCAUUAAAACAGAUGGUGCUUCGUAUUGAGAAUAUAAAGGAGUUUGUUUUUUUCUUUUUCUUUUUCUGUUCAUGGAGAUUGUCACGGUGAGUGUCUGUAGCAAUUGUACAGCUAGCGCAUGGCUAAUUUUUGGUUGUUUUUAUUUUGUAAUUUAUUAAAUAUUGUUUCUGGGAUGCAACCUGUAUGUAUAUGAAGCAUUUCAAAUGAGUGUAAGUGUGUGCGUGUGUGCAGGAGUUUAAGUUAUUCCAUUGUUCAGCUAAUGCUCUUACAGUGCGUUUCUUCUUUCAAUUUGAUUAUCCCCUCUUGCUCUCCUUCACUCUCCCCAGUCAUUUUCUUGCACUCUUCUUCCCUCUAAACCUCUGUCAUUCCUCUUUUUUCUGUCUUUCUCUCAGCUCUGCUUCCUUCUCAGAUUUUACUCACAAACGUCGUGUAAACCCUGGGCAGGGGGGGAUCUGUGUGUGUGUUUGUGUGUGUGUGUGUGUGUGUGUGUGUGUGUGUGUGUGUGUGUGUGUGUGAAGGACACAUGAUGUGUAAUGUAUGUGAAACGUAUGUGUUGGAAAGAUAUGAGAGUUGUGUGUGUUGUUAUUAUAUAGCAGUUUAUGCAGACACAGUGCUGGGCUACUUUAGUUUUUUGUUUGGAGGUAAACAGGCAGAAAUAGCAACUUACUUAAGUUGAUUGUAAUGCAGAAAAUUGAAGCUAAGAAGACAUGGGAAAUAAAACGUGAAUGUGGUAAACUGCC